AAAUGAAUGCCAGAGUGCAUGACGAAACAAAACUAACACGAUUGCUUUAUUUUAACGAUUAAGUGAAAAUGAGAUUACUCCGUAGCGCUGUCUACGCAAAUGGCUUUUGUAGAAGAGCCAGAUUUAUGAGCAGCAAUUGUACAAGGACAGUGAUGAGCUUUGGAGAUGGAAGUCAUGGAGCACUGGGUCUGCCUACGUCAUUAACCGGCAUUGGCGGCGAUGCUUACGAGCCCACCGUUGUUCCUGGCCUACCCUCCGAUAUUUCUACUGUUAGUGCAGGUCACUACCACUCUCUUGCCGUCACUUGCAGUGGAGCCCUCUGGGCUUGGGGCCGCAACAACGAAGCCCAGCUUGGCCGCGGUCUUCUUGCUCCCAGAGACACGUGGAAUGAACCGAAGAGAGUAGAAGGGCUGGAUAAAGUAAAUGUUUGUGGUGCAUUUGCAUCUGGUGUCAUCUCUUCGGCCAUUGGAGAUGAUGGCUCUUUGUGGGUUUGGGGAAAGUCUAAACGUGGGCAGCUUGGUCUUGGAAAAGGUAUUACAGAGGCCACGGUGCCUUCAAGAGUUGAACCGCUUGCAGGAGAAAAGAUAGUCAAGGCAUCAUUUGGUUGGGGGCAUGCUCUAGCACAAACUAAGGAUGGAAAAUUGUUCGCUUGGGGUUAUUCAGCUGAUGGUAGAAUAGGAAAGGUGGGUGAAGCAGCUUUGGAGAGGUCUCCGCUAGAAUCAAAUAUAUAUGUAUAUGAAAGUAACCAAGAAAUCUCUAGUUUAACAAUUGAUGCUGCAGAGAAACUUGUCUUAGAAAGAAUGGAGAAGGAGAAAGAUAUGCCAAUAAUAUGGGAACCUUGUUUGGUAGAAGAUUUACAUGGUGUUGAAGCUGUAGACAUCGCUUGUGGGCUUGAUCAUUCGUUGGUUCUUUGCCGUAAUGGCAACCUCUUAAGCUGUGGAAGCAAUGCAUAUGGUCAAUUGGGCAGAGUGAACCAAGAUAUGGGAAUGUAUCCAGUUGAUGUAAACUUCCACCCGGCGUCUGUAGCAUCAGGCCUUGGCCAUUCUUUGGCAAUUUGCCAAGUAUCAUCAUCAAAUGUUACAGGAGAUUCCACAAGCCUUGUUUCAUGGGGAUGGAACCAGAGUUGUCAGCUGGGAAGAGCAGGACCGGAGAACAUUCCAUCGAUGGUUAACGGUUUGGAAGGGGAAAGUCUUGUUUCAGUUUCAGGAGGUCGUGCACAUUCCAUGGCUCUCACAUCAAAGGGAGAACUAUGGAUAUGGGGUUGUGGUAAAAAUGGUCGGCUUGGAUUAGGUAGCUCCAUUGAUGAACCUGAGCCAAUGUUGCUUGAUUGUUUAGAAGGGUGUGAAAUUUUGCAAGCAGUUUCAGGUUUUGAUCAUAAUCUAGUCCUGGUAGCCGAAUAAUCUACCCUGAAACUGAGUAGCUAUUUGUUUUUUGUUUAUAUAUAUAUAUUUGAGAAAUUUAGGUGGGAUGAGCUACAAAAUGCAAUUGAUCUAAUAAUACAAUACAAUUUUAUGUACACGUUUUUCUCAAUUAGUCAAUACCAUGAUUGGUAAUUGUGACCUCGUAAAUUUGUAAUAAAAAUUUGAAUGAUA